ACAUUUUGAAGAAGAAAACAAAAAAAUAUUUUGUGUGUUAGGGGGUGGGCAGGUGACCCUUGUCCCUGCCCCCUCCCUGGUCGAGCCGCCCCUGCUGAUUUUGAAAAUGCAUCGUUGAAUAUUGAAUACCGGUCAUGAUGUUAUAGUGCCUGGAUCGAGCUUCCAAUUUUUUUUGCUCAAUUGGACGCUUCUCGGAUACCCCAUCCUGUUUUGUUGAUUUUUCUGUGACACUGAAAGACAGUGAUACUCUUUUGCCAAUAAAAAAGGUCUGUUUACAAUGGGUGCUUGUAACGAAUGCUUGUUUGGAGCAAGGGAGGAUUAUGAAGACGUCGAUCCGGAAACAAAACGGAGGCAACAAGCGGAAGCAGCUGAACAAAGACUUACUCAGCAAGAGAGCCGAGGAUUAAAAGACCCAGAAGGAGUGAAGAGGAAAUUGCAACAGAAAGAAGAAGCUGAAAGGAAAGCAGCCAAAGUAGAGGAUACAGGGGGGCAAGGAGGGUUAAAGUGGCAAGUUUCAUCGUAGCAGAACUUCAUCCUAUCCCAACUUCUAACUGCUCGAGGAAGCUAUGAUUCACAAAGCAAACUGCAAAUACAAGCUGGUAUGGUAAUAUUGCUAAAGGAAUAAAAAAAACAUGCAUCGCAAUGGAGCUACCAAUGCACUCAUCUACGAUUGAUCUCCGGGAGAAAUUCCAUGUUUUUUAGGAUGAACUAUUAAGGUGGUGAUGUAUUCUGAGCAGACAUACAUACAUGUACAUGUUCUGCCAUGGAAUCGCAAACAUGAUUGGCAGACAUGCAUUUCUAUCUACAUGUAGUCAUAUUGUCACACAAUACAUGUAUUCAUUUCAAUAACCUAUUAUCAACAAUGUAAGAUGUCGAUAAGUACUGAUAAACAGUACAUGUAAUGAGAUAUUGAAUGAGAAGCUAUGGAAAAAAAAAUCAGAAUUACUUUUACGUGUGUUUGUUGACAUUGUUAAAAUUGCAAGUUUUAUGCUUGAUGGGCUAGCAUACAGUAAAAAAAUAAAGAGGGGGGGGGGGGGUGAUUUGAGAUUACGACCCUUUUGUGACCCUUUGCAGAUAGUUGCUUUUUACCAUAGUGAUUCGGGGGAGCAUUUCAUGGAAACAAGUACCGUACAAUGAUUAUUUUUCUUUGAUUAUUGUUAUAAAAUACUGCAGUCUUACAUCUAAUAUUGGCUACAAUAAAUCACAAAAGGCAGCGAAAAAAUGCAACUGUUUGCACAUUUUUAAAAAAAUUUGCAUUCUCUUAAAUUUCUGUAUUUUACUACAAUAAUUUGGAAAGCUCUUUGAAAUCGAGGCUCAUAGGAAAUGCUGGGUUUCUUUGUUCUUUUUCAUAAGCAAUUGUGUCCGUGACAAUAUAACCCCUCCAACUCUGGUGGAAAAAAAUUGGGUUUUUCAUUUUCUUGAAAUAUUUUGCUACUUUCUACUGGGUGCUUUAAUGUCCAUAAAUUACAAUUAGACAAUAUGCCCAUGGAUAUAUCGUAUUUUCCAUAGCUUUAGUCAUUCCAAAAGAAUGUGCGUACUAGCCUUUGGUCCCGCCACGAUGCCAUGUUAUGAUUCAUCUAGCCCACAUCGUCUUUGAAGUUUCAAUGGUGUAAUAUGUUUAUAUUGUUGUAUUGUGAACAGUCUGGUACAGGUAUAAUUCGUUCAUCUCUGUAUUCUUGUAUUGCGUUAUUCAAUGAAUGUUCAUGUAUCAGUGGAUAAGGGAAGUACAUGUACAGUGAUUAUCUUUGCGAAUACUAUUAUUGUUCUAAUUCAUUAUCUUUUAGUCAUUGUUGUAGUGCAUUUACAUGUGGUUGUAUCAUCAACUUUAUUUUAUCAUCAUUUUGUCAUCUCUUCGCGAUCAUAAUCACUACCUUCAUUUCCAUCAUCACCACCACCAACACCAUCAUCAUCAUCAUCAUUACCAUCAUCAUCAUCGUCAUUAUCAUCAUCAUCAAUAUUGUCAUCAUUACCAUCAUCGUCAUUAUCAUCAUCAUCACUAUCGUCAUCAUCAUCACCAUCGUCAUUAUCAUCAUCUUCAUUUUCAUCAUCAUCACCUUCAUCAUCAAUAUAUUUUCUAUAAGUUUUUUAAUGCAUCUAUUGCUUGUAAAUUUAUAUUCUCUAAAUUCAUAUUAUUGUGCCAUUCUUGCAAGGCUUUACUGUCAUUCCUUGAAAAAUAUUCAUUGUUGAUAUAUUAUAAUAUAAUUAUGUACAUGUAUGCUUACAUUGAUCUAUGUAUCUGAAUUUCAAGAAGAAAGUCACAUGUCUAAAAAGUUUGAUACAGUAUAUGCUCUUUAAUUUGAUACCUCAAUCUCAGAAAAUGGUCCAGAAAGUUUUGUGUCUUUGAAAUGAUGCUGGUAUUAUUUCAUUUAACAAAUGUGUUUUCACAGAUUCCCUACUGUAGCUAUUGCAGGGUAAACAAAAGACUUAAUGUAUGGCUGAUCGUCAACAAAGCGCUGUAUGGGGGCGUCGUGGCCUAGAUAGUGGUUCUGACUCUCGCAUCUGAAUCAGAGUGUUGUGGGUUUUUUUCCGGCCAUGGUUUGUUUUCCUUCAGCAAGAAAUUUAACCCGUUGUGCUGCACUCAACCCAGGUGAGGUGAAUGGGUACCCAGCAAAAAGCACUGAGCGCUGGAAGGCUGUUUGAGCUAAAGCUAGGUAAUAAAUAAUAGCACACCUCAGAAUAGAUUGAAUCUAGAUAGAUGGCACAAUAUACAUGUACAUGUACAUGUAGAUAUCUAUUAUCAUUAUGUUUAAAGUCCAACAGUUAGCCUGCAAUUUCUCUUCAUUUUUAUUGAAAUUCAAGAAUUACUUUAAAUUAGCAGAGCUUUCUUAUUUCUUGACCAUUUUCUGUGAUGGAGGUGUGAACAUAAAGAGCAGACAUUGAACUUCUGAGCAUGAUUUUCUUGUUGAAAUCCAGAUACCCCUCAGGCUCCCCCCACAAGGGACUUUUCGGUAUCCUUUCUUCAAAUUUUCACUUAUUCAUGCGUGAAUGAGGAAUCUUCUGAAUUAUAUCAGGUGAAAGAGGAGAUACUAAGCUUUACAAUCGUAGGUAAUUAGUCGUAUUUGUGAUUAAGUUACGAUAAAUCACUAAUAAUUAUCAGUUGGGUUGCACUGCAUAUGGAUGCAUGGCUACAACUCUCUCUGAUUGCUAUUUGUAAUACUUGUUAUUCAUGUAUUGUAUUUUGAUAUUGAGAAAUUUAUAUUGUUUACUAAAUUAUACAUAUAUGUACAUGUAGGUACUGGUGUUUUGUCAUUCGUGCAAAAUCAUAUUGAAAAACAAAAUGUACUGUUUCCAUUA